GGGAGCUGGGAGCGGGCGAGGGCGGGCGGGACGGACGGAGGGACAGACGGACGGAGGGAGCCUGCGGAGCGGCACCGGCCCUCCUCGCUCGCCCCAUGGAGCUGUGCCCGGGGUCCGCGGCGCCCUCGGGCUGGGCGCUGCCGCUCCUCCUCGCCCUGGGCGCCGGGCUCAGCCACGCCACCCCGCACCUGCGGUACAGCCGGCCGGGCUCCCGCAGCAAGAACUGGUGCGCCUACAUAGUGAACAAGAACGUGAGCUGCUCGGUGCUGGACGGGACGGAGAGCUACGUCCAGGCCCAGUACAAAUGCGCCUGGAACCAGUUCCCCUGCCAGCCCACCCCGGUAUAUCGAACAAGUUUCAGACCUCGGUACACAAUUGCUUAUAAGACGGUAACAGAGCUGGAAUGGAGAUGUUGUCCCGGCUACAAAGGGGAAGACUGCAGAGAAGGUCCCGCAGACAAGCCAAACGCUGCUCGUCGUCCUGCAACACCAGCGAAGGCUGUUGUGAAGAAAGGCUUGGAUGCAGAACCAACAGAAGUGCCAGAACCUCCACCAUAUGAGAAGAAAAUGCAGUUUCUUGAGGAUGAGUUGUUUAGACUCACACGAUCAGUGCUUGAACUUCAGUCUGCUGUGGCAGGUGUGAAUGAAAACCUAAAGUUGACUGUCCAAGAAGAUGCUAGUAAGAUGCUGGUCACUUGGCUGAACAACCUUUAUGACCGCCCAGAGCCCGAUAGUGCGGUUGGUGGUGAAACAGACACUAUUCAUCUGCCUGGACUCUUCAACAAUAAAGAUCAAAAAGACCCUUUUAUUGAUUUUGAAAUGGAAGAUAUAAAGUCUGAGCUAGCUGAGGUCAAAGAAGCCUUGAAGAUGAGAAAUGAUGAGCUGGAGGAACUGAAUGGAAAAGUAAAAGGCUAUGAAGGACAAUUAAAACAACUGCAGGAGGCAGCACAAGGACCUACAAUAACAAUGCCCAGUGACAACAUAUAUCAGGAAUAUAUAGACUCAAAAUUUGAGUCCCUCAGACAGGAAAUACUGGAUGGAUUUGAAAAGAAAAUGGCAGAUCUGAAGAACUCCUGUGAAUGCAAACAAAAGGACAUCCAGGUACAUUGUGAUGAGAAUGAAAAUAACUGUUCAGGACUAACAGAUGUUAUAAAAGGAAAAGAGAAUGACUUGAGGAAAGAAAUAAAUACUCUCCGAACUCAGAUUCCAGCAAACAAAUCCAGUUGUUGCAAGGAGGGUGAGAGAAAUGACUUUGACCAACAGAUAAAGGAUUUAGAUAGGAAAAUUGACAGAGUUGUGGAAGCACACAGGAUCCUGAAUGUCAGAAUAGAUAACGAAAUCAGUCGAUUGUCAACUCCAGAUCUAGAAGACAUGUUUGGUGAGAGAUUGGAAGAGUUAGAUGCGAGGAUGAAUGUUACGGAACGAAAUGCUGAAGAACAUUGCUUUUAUGUUGAGGAAACUCUCCGCAGUGCUAUAGCUACUGAGGUAGAUGAAUUGAGAGACGUGUUUGACCAAAAGCUACGGGCGCUAGAAGACAGGCUGGGCGGUACAAUUUUAGAGAUCGCUAAUACCACAGAUCCAGACGGAAUGUUUAUUAAUACGGGGCCCAUCCUGCCCAGUGACACAGGAUUUGCAAAUGAGCAAUUUACAGCAGAGAUGAAUUUCCUGAGGAACAAACUGCUGUCACUUGAGCACCAAUGUGGGCAGAAAUGUCAGUCUGCACCACAACGUGCAGAAGACCUUCAGAAAGAGCUAGAAAUUUGUAACAACAAAUCAAAUCACUUGCUGCUGAAAACAGAGAACAACUCUGUUCUCCUGCAGUCUCUAAAUAGCUCUCUCAAUGAGAAACUCAACUUAAUUAAGGGCAACCAACGUGACAUCCAGAAAAUGCAAAGAGACGUACGUGUAUUCCGCUAUAGCCUGAAUGUCAUGGAUAAAGAUGUGAAGAAUCUUCAAGACGGCUUGAAUAGCUGCAAGGAGCAGCUUCUGGGUGUCAAUUCUACCUGUAGAAAAACGCAACGGGGUGUCUUCCGAAAAAUCGAUCAAAUGCAGAGGACAUUUGCAAAUCAAACUGCUCAUCCCAGUGACCAUUGCUGUGGUGAAGUGAAAGAGAGACUAGAACAACUGAAUGACCAUAUCCUGAAUGAUCUGGGCAAGUGCAAAGAAAAGACCCAGGGUAUCCAGGAAGGUGUUUCUGAUGUUGAGAGCAGAGUCUCGCAUGUUGAAAAAGUUUGUGGCAAGCUGGACUCUGUCUCAGGCAGCUUGCAGAAGAUAAAAGAAGGUCUGAAUAAGCACGUGAGCAGCUUAUGGAACUGUGUCCGUGAAAUGAAUGGAACUAUAUCAUCUCAUUCCACUGAUAUUUCUGGCCUCAAGAAUUCUGUCCAACAGUUUUAUAGUCAGGUCUCCAAAAUCACCACAGACAUUGAAGGCAUGAUGAAAUCUCGGCCUGACACAAGGCAACCAGAAGCACCACGGCAGCCGUUGCCGCCCAGACCCCCUCUGCAGCCCCAGCCCGGCAUCUCCCUGCUGCCAUCGCGGCCGAGGGUACAGCCCCCGCGACAGAGGAUCCCCCUCCAGCCACCGCAGCCCAGACCCCUUCCGCGCCCAUCGCUGCCCGGGUCGGCGGCUGCACCAUUUCUGCCCGGGACAACCGGGAUCAUCCUGGAGACCGGAGAGGCAGGGCCUCCUGGCACCAUUCUGAUGUCGGGAAGAGGGCGGCUUCGGAGCGUGGAUGGUCAGGCUGGUCAAAGCACCAUGCCCAUUGCUGAAGGGUACGCUGGAGCACCAGGAUAUCCAAAGUUAUCUCCUCCUACCACGGACUCAAAAGGACCUGCUGCCGCUGCGCCCUCGCUGGUGUCAUUUUCUGCUGGACUCACCCAGAAGCCUUUCUCCAGUGACGUUGGUGUGGUUCAUUUUAACAAAGUGCUUGUGAAUGACGGGGACUAUUAUAACCCAAAUACAGGCAUCUUCACGUCACCCUACGAAGGGCGCUACCUGAUCACCGCUGUGCUGGCCCCGGAGAGGGAUGAGUACGUGGAAGCGGUGCUGUCUGUCUCCAACGCGAGCGUGGCUCAGCUCCACACGGCCGGGUACAGAAGGGAACUGCUGGAGUACCACAAACCCUACUCGGGGAAACGGACCUGUGGUGGUCCUGGGACCUUCCACCUUGUUCUUCACCUCAAAGCAGGAGAUGAAGUGAACGUCGUCGUGACAGGAGGCAAACUGGCCUACACAGACUCUGACGAAAUGUACUCCACGUUUAGUGGAGUUCUCCUUUAUCCUUCCAUUUCUCAUGUUUAGGUUUACCUUGAACAGGAGAGAAGGGUAAGAUAUUCAGAAGAAAUUAAGUGUAAUAAAAUUCAAAGCUUUAAUAUAUUCAGUUUAUAUAUUUGAUUUCAGUGGUGGGUUUAUAGUCUAUACUGAGACCUGUUCCUUGUCCCCUGUUUCCAGAGGGAGCUACAAAACACUUGUUUCUGUAGCUAAAUUAACUCCUCCCCAAGCUCUUUUUUACCUGUACAAGCAGAACAACUGUUUAAACACCAAAUACGUUCUCCAUAGAUACUUCUCCACUAUGCUCUUGCUAUUCCCCAUUAAAUUGCCUUUGCAGUCUUCUCCCUAGUUUAUCAAGCUGUCCCUAAUGUACCAAAGUUUACAUCUUUGCUGAAGUUUACAGCUGUGCUCAGCUAUUUCCAUGUUUUCAGUAAAGCAGGGGCAAGAUAGCGAGAUUGUAUUGGUCAUGGUUGAUGACUUCUUGGUCCUUGUGUUAUUUAAUAAUAUGUUGGGUCACGUGCAUUCGCGUGAACAAUUUGUUCAAAGCAGUUUUUAACCAUGGUGAUGCAAAGCCAAACAAGAGUCAUCAGUUUUCUUUUUCCCAUUAAGGGCCAAACGCGGUGCUAAGAGACGAGCGGCUCAUUCCAGCCAAGUGGGAGCAGCUGUGCAGGGAGAAACUUGCCUCAGCUUUUCACUGGGCAGACAUGAGUGCAAGGUGCAGUUGCUGCUACUGAAAGAUUUAGAACACUUACUUUCAAUUGAUACGGUAAAAAAGAUGAUCAGUCAAACCUGGUGGUCUUGAGAUUAAAGCUUGCUUCUUGGCAUGAAUAAAACAGGUUAGAAAAUAUCUGAAUUGUCUGUGCUUAGCUAGAAAAAUGGUAAUUUUGAAAAGUUAAACAAAAUUUUCCAAAGUUUUUCUCUGGCACUUGUAUAGUAUUUGCAUUAACAAGGAAGUCUUAUGCUUGUUUUGCAUUGUAGAAGACAAAUCAGAGGAAAAACUGUUGAUACAGGAAAAUAGCCUUAUUUUAGCCAGUACUGCCAAAUGCACAAACCAGCCGUCUGCACUGAGUCUUGGUUGCAACAGCUUCCUGCAUCGGUGCUUAUGAGUGAGGUUUAACACUCAGCAUCUGUUUAUUUGGAUGAAGCAACUUUCUUAGCUUAAACACAUUCGGGGCAGUGGUAUUUUAUUUCUCAUACUAGACACUUCACUUCUCAGUGGAGGUAACAAAUGUGUUUUGGCUCUUUAGAGUUGGUGUUUUGUUGUCUUUCAUGGCUAAAAAAAAAAUCCAGCCGUGCUUUACUGAGAGCAGGACUGUUCAGCUGUCACUUAUAUAUUGUUAUAGAAGCUGAUCCUUUGUGCUCUGUACAGAGUUGUAUUUAUCGUAGUGGUUUGUGUAGUAUAUUUUCUUUUUUAAUAACUCCAGAACAGCUGUCUGUAGCCUCAGAACAAACAAUUCCUGUAGGUGAAGGAAGAACUCCCCAUGCUGUAAGCAGCACAGUACGGUUUAGCUGAAGCCCUUCCCUUCUGAGGAGGUCAGAUGAAGACUUAACGCCUUUGUUGCUUAGUUUUGGAAUAGAUACUCCCUCAUAACUCUGUUUCCAGGCAAUGAGAUGGGGCCUUCCCACAACAAACUGUCACAUCCUGGAAGUUGAGAAAAGCGGGUGGAAAAAGCUUUCUUUCCCUGGGGGAACUCUGAGCCAGUCCCUGUGCAGCUCCGGGUUGCACUGGGGGAGUUGUGAGCACGGGAAGGAAAUCACGAGUGGAGUUUUGAAGCACCUGGUUUAGGAAGGUCUCUUGGCACCUGAUUUUCAGAAAUGCCGGUGUUACCGGUAAGCAGAAGCUAGGCCUGGGUGUGUUUUGUAGCAGGAAGGCUGUUUCUGGAAGAGCAGUGUUAGUCAGUAGCCAAAGACGUACAGUGAACUUGCACUUCACAGCGUGAUAAAGGGACCCACCCCGUCUCAUUUCCCUGCACUUGUGUCUUGACCUGUGCUGGAGCGUGAGGCCACGUGCUUGUUCAACAGGCACUUAGUUUUCUUCUGUCCUAAAUCAACAGCCCCUUUCUGUCCUCUGCCUUUCUGGGUCUCAAAAGUGAAGAGGCAGACAGGAAAGAUUGCUUUUUGCAUUUUCAAAAGCCAGUUACAUGAAGCACUUUUCUUUUCUUUAAACAUAGUUUCUUGUUAUAUACAAAAGCCGAAGAGGCACUUUUUCUUUUAGGAUAUUUUUCACUCUCAAGAAAACUGUGUUCUCUAAGAAGUUGGCUCCAGACUUAUGUAUGACUCAAGUAUUGUUAGAUUAUUGUUGCCUGUUCUAAAAAUGACUCAUAGAAACAAACAAAAUGAGCUGAGUGCUUAGGGAGACCUCGCUGGCAAAGACAACCUAUUUUCCACCCCACCCUCCUCCAAGUAAGAAAUUUUUAAGAAUCAGCAGUGCAAGAGUUGCAAAAGUUCUGUCAUCUAGUUCUUGUCUUAACCGCUUCCGUAGAUUUCUAAAUCCAAGCCACAAAUCUUCACCAGCCCAUUUCUGCUCCUGGGACAGGGUUGUCUUCUACCACAAAGUUUCUCCUGGUACCCAGGAUCUGCUGCUGCCAGUGCCGAGAUUUUUCAAGCCCUCAAGUUCAGCAGAACGUGUAUCUGUGCACAGGUAUAAAGUGUUCCUGAAACUGUGCCACAGCAGGGCCCAAUCUCAGUGGCAGAUGUUGAGGACACCUUUUAGAACUGCUAGGGAUAGUUUCCAGUCCACCAUUUCUAGCAGUGUGGUGGCAAAAGCUAUGACCUUUGAUAAUGAACCUCUCUCUUAGAUUUCUGCUUUUGUGGAGGGAGACUUGGCCCUUCAUUUCCACUUCCUUGGUAAUUGCUGUAAUCAGGGUAGGUGGCUCGAUUCCUCCUGGUGAAGUUAUUUUCCUGGAGCUUACAAGGUGGAAUAUUCACACAGCUGGGAAGACCACAAUGCUGUAGCCCCUGAGUAGCAAAGAGAUGUGAAAACUUGAAUCCCAGUCUCUGCUUCAGUGAGUGCAUGAAUGAAACGCUCAUUAAAGCAGCAGCUGGAAGAGACUCGAGCACAGACGUACUCAUGGGCCCCCUGAAGGUUUGCUCCAUACAGAACAGCUCAGCUUCAAAGGAAGGAGCAAGAGCUCUGCUCCAGAAUACCCUGAACCCACUGACAAAACCUUUACAUCUUUGGUGAGAAUCAGCAGCAGAACAAGGAAGUACCUGCACUAAAAGGAAGAUUUCACACUGUGGCUUCCUCAUUUGACUACCACAUCCAAGAGCACCCACAAAGCUCAAAUAGGAAGCAUCUGUUAACCAAGAAAGCCUUAAAAAACAUUAAUCCUGUAGGUGGGAGCUCUAAGGCAGGUAUGCUGCCUGUUUCAUAAAGCACAGCGCUGCCUUGUAGAUCUGUUUUGUAGGUAGCUUUGUAAUGCAGCAUACAAGGAUUAUGGGAUUCUUAGGUAAAACAGUAUGUGUUGUGCCAGGUGUUCCCAUUUCACAUCAAAACAGGAAGAAAACCAAACUGUAGAAGGUGAAGCUGUACAGACAUGUGUCUGACAGCCCCUUAGCCAGGCACGAGCAACCUGAUCUGGUUGAAGAUGGCCCUGCUCAUUACAGGGGGGGUUGCACUAGAUGACCUUUGAAGGUCCCUUCCAACCCAAACUAUUCUACUCCAUGAUACUAAUGUGGUGUCCCAGGGACUGUCAAAAUAUCAAACCCAACAGAGUCCCCAAGGCAGCAUCCCUUGCGAUAAAAGUAAAUUUCCACAGCCAGGUCAUUAACAGCAGAACGCCUGGAGAACACGCCAGCAUGCUGCCAGCCAGCAAGGCACUGGCCAAACAUGGAAAUGUAUCCUAGAACAGGUACGGGAAAAGGCUACAAAGCAACUGAUAAAUUGGUCCUGUCCCCAGGAAAGCUUGGAGCAAAGCAGGAAUGCCAAUUUUCACCACAAAACACAUACAAAAAAAACUACCUCAUUAUUUUCAUUUGCUAUUAAGACUUCGAGAACAGUGGAGAUAUUUCUGUAUUGACCACUAAAAGCAAUGAGGAUUUUCUGUGGUAUUCCACCAUGUAUCCUUUCAAUGGACCCCAGGUUACUUACAGCAGCUUUGUGCAGUUUAGCUGAGGGACUCCAGUCACCUUGGUGAAGCCAACCAGCCAUUCAAGAAAAAUUUGAAAUAGGAAAGAGAGCAAGCUGUAAAUGGAAAGCAUAGGAAGGCAACUGGAAAUAAAAAUGCCCCUCACCACCCCAUGCAGGUUUAAAAUGCACUGAGAGUGCAAGACAAAGGGCUCCCCAGCUGCAACUAUGAGAUUCAAAUCCAGAUUGAUUUGUUUCCUGAGGAUACAUUGUGCAUUUCAAAGUGAGUUUUAUCUGCUGAAUAAGUCAAUCCUCCUUAGGUUAUGGCAUGGUAGUGGAUACAGAUCUAUUUUACCGAACUACAAAUGCAUUUACAGUCUUAGUGUACAGAUGGGAGGAAUGUGCCGCUGUCCACUUAAGCUGGAGCAAAAUAACGCCCUUGCUGCUCGUUGCUCCCAGGUACUGGCAUAGAGUUCCAAUUGUCAAGUUACCAGGAAUACCUGAGAGCUGUGUCCUGUCAUCACAAGACAGGCUUGCACUCGAGCAAGCACCAACCUUCCUGCAACUUACCCUGCAGGUAUGAGAAAGAUGCAGAACAGCUCUGCCAAUUCUUCGUAUGUGAUGUGAGACUUCAAAGAACAUCCUGUAACAUGUUACUGCAUAAGCAGGUUUUGGCAUUUAUCCAUUUUUGCUAUCUUGAUUGUGGAAAAAAAAGGAACAUUAAGUUUUCAGACAAGAACAGCACAUCUGAGAGCAUGCUUUAUGUAUGCAUGUGUAUACAUAUAUUCAUGUAUAGAGAGAGAGUAAUAUCCAGGAGCAUGAAGAAACUGUGAUGGAAAACUGCAGAUAUGUCCAAAUAAAGCCUACCUGUUGUGCGA